GUUCAGGCCCACAAUCAGGCACGAGUUCUCUCUUUCUCUCUCUGUUGAGACGGUCGCCGCUUCUUCCACUUUCAGCCGCCGCGCCGGCGAGCUUCGCGACCGCCGACGGCGUCGCGGUUUCCCGCCGCUUUUCGUGCUCCCGGCAACCGGAGAUAGCUGCGAAGAGCGAUGAGCAGCGAGAACGACGAUGCGUGGCGAAUCGUCCACGUCCCCGGCAGGCCGCCGAUUCCGCCUGAUCAGCAACUCGCAGCGGUGAACGUGGUCGCAGCUCAGAUUGAGCAGCCGAAGCUCACGAACACUAUCAUGAGGCGUUUGAGUCAAAUUGCGCCAUUGGAGGACCUCCACCACGUGAAGCGGGUGAAGAAGAAGUGUCUCGAAGAAGGAAAAAUUCAGCUAUCAGUGAUCUUAAGUCUGGCUCCCAAAAAUGGUGAUUUUGAUGGAAUUCCAUGCGACAUGAAGGAUUUCUGCAAAUAUGCUGCAUCGUCAAAGGAAGAGUGGGUAGAACAGUGCAAGCUAUGGCCCACCUCAUACCAUCCAGCAAACCUAAGCAGCAAUAUCAGUGGCAUAACUGGGUUUAGUGAUGAAGACUCACAAUCAGUUGUAAGUUUUAUGAAGUAUGCUAUGGAAUUGGCGAAAUCUCAUGGUAAUACGGUGGUCAAUUCUGCAGUAAUUGUAGAUCCUUUAUCUAAUCAAGUGAUUGCAAGGGCAUGUGAUGAAGUCUGCUCUUGGCAAACUCCAAAAACAGAAGUUGGUGCUGAAUGUAGUAGUUCCACCAAAUCUUGUGCUGAAAUGACUGGAUGGAUCAAACAUGAAUCAUGUCUUCAACGCUAUUCCUCAGGUGGGGCAGAGCAAGUUGAGACAUCCAUUUCUUCUCUACGUCCACGACAGUGGGUAGAUGAACAGACUGGUAGGAGCUCUUCAUUUUGGCACCUGUUGCGACAUGCUGUGAUGGUGGCCAUUGAAUCAUCUGCUGCCAGGGACAGACGCUUAUUCCCUGAUGUGAGAUACAAAGAUGGAGCUACCGUAGAGGAGUAUAUUCUAUCUCCUGCAAAAUCUCAAACAAAAAGACGGAGAACUGAUGGCAAUGACGUAAGCUUUUCCUCUACAUGUGAAGGAAAUCCUGGCAAGACUUUCUAGCAUGACAAAUCUUGUGCAGUAUGGAGAUUUUGUGUGGAUGAUUGCCUUAUUUGAAUGGAUGAACCCCAUUGAAAUAUCAAUGGUUCUGUUGCCAAUUAUUGGAAA